UCUGAUGAGAAAAUUACCGCUCUCUUGGCAAAAGAAAUGUUUUAUUGGAUGAAUUCAGUGGCAGUUGAAAUAAAUCAUUGGAUGCAAUACAAAAGGGCAGUGGUCGAUAAUUGGAGUAUUGGAUCGGUGUACGAAUAGAGAGAUGAGUGCUUGACAUAUCAGACAAACAAGAAAUGAUGAUAGUCUGUCAGUUACGGAGAUUGAAUAUCCGGAAGAACGUGUGCAUUUCACAUGUUGCUGACUUGGUGCGUUGGUGCGGAGGCUUCAGUGCGUAUAUUAAAAGUUGACUCACUUGGAUUGAUGAAACGUGGAAGUGUGCGUUUUGAGCACAUUUAAAUGGAGGAAGCGCAGUUCAGAUAAAAAGAAUAAACAUGUAUUCGUAUGUUGUAUUACAAGUGUUGUUUCGAAUAUUUUUAACCGCAUAUCAAUCCACUAACAAGGAUUAUUUUAAGAUCUGUCAUCAUUGGAAGAACGAGAUAUGGGAAUUCCCAAGCCAAUCUUUGUCGAAUCAGUUUCUUUUUUCGAAGCAUACCAAAAAGUGUCAUUAAUUCUAUCAAAUGAAUGGAAGCAAGAAGACAGAUGAAACUCUUCAGGAAAACGCGGACGAUGAAGAUUUCCAUCGGAACUGCAGUUGCCUCCGAGUGUUUGUGUACCAAAAAUAGCAACGCAAGCAAAUUACAUCGUCCAAUGAUGGGAUCGAAAAAAUUGUGAUACAGAGUGUGCGUGAAGAUCCCGAAAAUAAACUAAUAUCCGUUUUCGUUUAGUGUUUGUUGUUACCCAAGCAUUGUUGACGCUUGAGAGGAUAGUGUUUGUUGUUGAAUUUAGAGGCGAACAAAAAUAAAUCCUGCACAAAAUGUUCUUCUCAUCGAAGCCCGAUUCGAACAAAUCGAAUUGGUUUUCGUCACUUCGAAGACAGCCAAAAGCCAAGAAGACAGCGCUGGACGCUGAUGGAUUAACACAAAAGAGCUGUGUUGAUCUGACGGCAAAUGGUUUAUAUAGUGUUCCUAGUCAUCCGCUGGAUGAUGUGGCCAGUAGUAUUACGGGGCCCGCAUCGACGAAUAACGCCACAGAACAGCGAGGCGUGUGUACGUGUGAAUGGGUCAAAGUGACUCCAUCCUCGCCGUUGUUUCAUGACCCAGUCGACCCACCGAGAACUCUUAGCUCAACUACCACCGCUAAGAUAACCACAACGGUUUCGCGGAGCUUGCGAGAUGGUGAUUACAAUCCACUUCCAACCGCAUCAUCAGAGGAUAAUCUGCUCAACGAUAGGACUCAUGAGUUCAAAGAUCUCGCUCUGGUUGACAAUACGAACAGUUUGCGAAGAAGACCGCGUUGCAAAGAACAGAUCUACACUUCCACAACGGUAACCACCCUAACCAAAACGACAGUUGUGAACAAACAGAAAAGUUACCGCGUAGGAUUAAUCUUCAGUGACAAUGGGGAGCUGUUGAACAGUAAUUUAGAUCUGCGACAGUUACUCGAGGAUAGCAAGCAGACGCAGUUCAAUGCGCGUGGGAGCAGUGGCAGUGGGAACAGUAGUAUUAUCAAGGAAGAAAUUAACAAUAACACCAAUCGAAAAGAGGGCAAGUCCCGGGAACUGUUUAGCAUAAUGGAUGAUAGCAGUUUUGAAUUUAUCGACGAUAGUGCAGACUUAUUCAAUCGAAACUACUCGAGCAACAGUGCCACCGUUCAUGCCAAUUCGGUCAACUCAACGCCAAAAGUGCUCCGAAAAUGCAACAACUGCAAAAAUAAAUCCAAUCUAGUCUACAAAAGAAGUGUCAGUUCACCCCAGAGGAAGAAGCAAAUUAACGACGAACUGAAUGAGGUAGAGUCCGAGAUGAGAGCACACGAGAACAAGGAGGAGAACAAACAUUCCAAUAAAGAUAAGCAGAUGGCUUUAGGACGUAAGAAGUUCAAUAUGGACCCAAAGAAAGGCAUCGAGUUUCUGUACGAAAAUCAGCUUCUGAGGAUGGACCCACAGGAUGUAGCUCAAUUUUUGUAUAAAGGAGAGGGUCUCAAUAAGACAGCGAUCGGUGAUUAUCUUGGUGAGAAAAAUGACUUCAACGAACAGGUACUGAAGGCAUUUGUGGAUCUACAUGACUUCACCAAUUUGAUACUAGUGCAAGCGUUAAGACAAUUUCUCUGGUCAUUUAGACUGCCGGGCGAAGCGCAAAAGAUCGAUCGAAUGAUGGAAUGUUUUGCACAGCGCUAUUGCCAGCUCAAUCCGGACAUCUUCACCAACACCGACACGUGUUAUGUGCUAAGUUUUGCGAUUAUCAUGUUGAAUACGUCGUUGCAUAAUCCAUCGGUUAAAGAGAAACCAACUGUUGAGCAAUUUAUAUCCAUGAAUAGAGGCAUCAACAAUGGAGGAGAUUUACCGAGAGAAUUACUGGAGUCUCUGUAUGAAUCAAUCCGAACAGAGCCCUUCAAGAUACCACAGGACGAUGGCAACGACCUGAUGCAUACCUUCUUCAACCCAGACAAGGAAGGGUGGCUUUGGAAGCAGGGUGGACGAUACAAAUCCUGGAAGCGAAGAUGGUUCAUUCUGAAUGAUAACUGUUUGUACUACUUCGAAUAUACCACCGAUAAGGAACCGAGGGGAAUAAUUCCAUUGGAAAACAUUGCGGUGCGAGAAGUGCAAGACCGCAGCAAGCAAUUCUGCUUCGAAUUACAUGCCAGCGGCGGGGCGGAAAUAAUAAAAGCCUGCAAAACCGACUCCGAGGGUAAGGUGGUCGAAGGUAAGCACACGGUUUACCGGAUGUCGGCCGCCAGCGAGGAGGAACAGCAGGAGUGGAUCAAAUGUCUCAACCAGUCCAUCAGUCACAAUCCGUUCCACGACAUCCUAGUACAAAGGAAGAAGAAAGCCCUCGCGAAAAGGUUAUUAGUUCGUGUCUUCAACUGGAUAACCUGUUUUUCGUUUCAACUGAGCAUCGAUGAUUGCGAGCUAGCAGGGUACGAGUAUCAACCGUUGACGACGAAAACACAGGACGAUCCCGUGUGAAUACUCAAACCGAUUGUUCCUAAACGGCCCAAGAGAAAUAAGCUCGGCUAAGAAGCAUAUGUAACAUUUAAUUAUUACUUUGAGAAUUCAUCACGAUGGAUGAGAACUGCAUUUGGGAUAGUAUUUUGGAAUUGAUUUUUUUUAUCUAUUUUCGUAUGCGUACAUCGAAAAUCAAAGGACGCCAUGGGAUUGAUUUUAGUUUGAUUACAAUAAUUUAAAGAGCAACUUCGUGUGUUGUGAAUUGUGCGGGACCAACGCAGUCAGUUAAAUUGAUAUUAUAGGAACGCGAUCGAAAGUAUAUGUCCCAAAAGGUUUGUAGAAGCAAUAAUAGUUGACUUUCCUAUGUUACCACUUUACCACCUAUGUUGAUAAAUAAUUCCACUGAGGUAACGCAGUGAUACUUG